UUGUUAAAUAAAUUUGAGUUGAUUCUUUUGGUUCAUUUAUAAAUUUUAUAAGAUAUAAAAUAAUGCAGAUCUACAAAUAAAAGUAAAAGGAAUACAAUAAAAGUGUAAUUCGAUAACCAAUAAUUCAGGAAUAAACUUUCUUCACGGAAGCUGAAGAGAAAUUACCUUUUAUACCUGACCUAAUCUUGAAUCUUUGUAAUACUAAUGCUUAUAGUAAGCACUUUGCUAAUGAUGCAACUGAUAACUAUUCCAAUAAGAUCUUUGUUAACAGUUGAGUUAUUAACAACAGUCAUUUAUUGUAAUAUUUAUUAGAACUACUACAAUGAAAAUGCAAAAUAUAUCUGAGAUAUGUUGUCCCUCUUAAAUAUUCUGUAUUAAAUUAAAAUACAAGUUUUUCAUUCAUAUCGGUGUAAAUAUAUUAUAUGGGGUGGUCUGAAACAGCGGUCGGCAACCAGUGAUCAGUGAACCAUUGAUGGUCCACGAGAAAAUUUGGAUGGUCUGUGGAGAAAUUUGGACAUUGAUCAACUCAAAGUUAUGCAAAGUAUUACAAAAGAAAUGAAAAAUGCUUAAUUAAUUGCCUUUUCUUACUCAUUGGGGAAUUUUUAUUUGACUCUAAAACCAAAUAAUAGGUUGGGGAAAAAGAAAUCCAUUAUUUUUUCACUAGAUGGCUGUAGUGAUACAUAUCUCGUAAAAUAUUGAUGACACAAGUUCAGACUUGUGCUUAUUGGAAAAGUGACAUUCUGUACUAAAAAAAAAUUCUUUUACAGUUUUUUGAUUGGUCAAUUCAGUUGUGAGUUAUAGGGUGUAAAAGAUGGAAGUUAACAAAGAGAAAAUUAGGUAUGUUUUACAAUUUUGCUUCGAUAAAGGCGAAAAUGCAAGCCAGGCAGCUGAAAUUGUGAAUGGUGUUUAUGGUCCUGAUACUGUCACAGCCAAUUAUGUGCAAUUUUGGUUUCGUCAGUUCCGUUCUGGUAAUUUCGAUGUUAAAGAUGCACCUCGCACAGGUAGGCCCGUUGUCGAAAAUGUCAAUAAAAUCAUGGAAAUGAUAGAAGUAGACUGGCACGUUAGCACUCGUAGCAUUGCCCAGGAGCUAAAGAUUGACCAUAAAACAGUUCUAAACCAUCUGAAUAAAGCUGGAUUCAAAAAGAAGCUUGAUGUUUGGGUGCCACAUGAAUUGACGGAAGAAAACAUUAUGGAUCGAAUUUCCAUCUGCGAAGCCUUGGCCAAACGGAACGAAAUCGACCCAUUUCUUAAACGGAUGGUGACUGGGGAUGAGAAAUGGGUUACAUAUGGCAAUAUUGUGCGAUAACGAUCGUGGUCAGUGUGGUGAAGCGGCUCAAACGGUGGCUAAACCAGGACUAACAGCCAGGAAGGUUUUGCUGUGCAUUUGGCGGGACUGGAAAGGAAUCAUCUACUAUGAGCUGCUUCCAUAUGGCCAAACACUAAAUUCGGACCUCUACUGUCAACAAUUGGACCGUUUGAAGCUAGCGAUUGAUCAGAAGCAGCCAGAAUUGGCUAACAGAAGAGGUGUUGUACUUCAUCACAACAACGCCAGGCCACACACAUCUAUAGUGACUCGCCAGAAAUUCCAGGAGCUUGGUUGGGAAGUUUUGAUGCAUCCACCUUAUAGUCCAGACCUGGCACCAAGCGAUUACCAUCUUUUUUUAUCAUUACAAAAUUUCCUCGGUGAUAAGAAAUUGGCAUCAAGAGAGGAUUGCGAAAAUCACUUAGUCAAGUUUUUCGCCAAUAGGGAGCAGGGCUUCUACGAGAGAGGAAUUAUGAAGUUACCUUUAAAAUGGCAACAAAUUAUAAAACAAAACGGUGCAUAUUUGAUCCAAGUCGAACAACCGGAACCAUGUUAAAUAAAGACUUGAAAUGAACGUAAAAAUAAUGGAUUUCUUUUUCCUCAUAAUAUGAAGUGACUGUUAUCAAUAAAUAAUGAACAAUAAACAAUAUUGUUAGUGCGAUUGUUGUCCUUCGUGGAAAAGCACUAAGAAUCCAUAAACUUAUUUCAAACAAGCAGCAACAAACUUU